CACAGGAACCACUACCACAGCAUUUGACACCCGAGGUGAUACAGACAAGAAAACACGAGGGCAAAAAUCCAUAAACUGUGGUCAAAUGCAGGGUUAGUCUCCACUGAAAAACACAACGUCGACGGAAGGCGGCUGGUUGCGUCAUCUCUGUCCCGGGAUGUGAUUGGUGAGGAUCAGUCCGGAUGGGUGCUCAGGUUCUGCUGUACUGGGCCAACAUCACAGGUUACAUCAGAUUAGCUCUGGUGUUGGCUGCCUGGGCUGCAUAUGAGACACCAUCACUAUUUGUCCCUCUGUACUCAUCAUCUGUCCUGCUUGAUGGAGUGGACGGCUGGCUGGCGAGGAGGCUGAACCAGUGCUCCAGGUUUGGAGCGUGGCUGGAUGUAGUUGUGGACAACUUGGGCCGAGGCAUGCUGUGGAGCCUGCUGUUUAAGUGGGGUUGGCUGGUGUCUGCGGUGGAGUGGUGUGUGUUUGUGUGUAACCACAGCGCCAGAGGUGACAGAUGGAAGAACAGCUUCAGCACCAGUCCUCCACUCAUACAAGCCAUCAUGUCCAACGGGUUUCGGACCCCUUUGGGCCUCUGGGUGGUGAGUGGUCUGCACCUCCUCCCACUGUGGCUCUAUGGGUUCCAGAGGGGUUUACUGUCCCACUGGUUGGAUGUGCCUCUGUGGAUCCAGACUCAGGGGACGGUGAUGCUGGCGGCCGGCCGCCUGCUGGCCCUCUCAGCAGAGAUGUGGUGUAUAUGGACACAUAUUCAGUACCUCACCAGGGAUUCAGAUGAGUCAGAGGAGAAAAACAACUAAUUCUGAAUCUUCUGCUACAAACUGUGGUGUCAUGUGGCAUCUGGUUCUCUCCAAAGACGACAAACACUGGUCCAAAUGAAACAAGUGGAACUUUUAGAUUUCUGACGUAAGAACUAUCCUGUCUGUCCCAACUUGUUGAUUUCGAUAUCUCAAGAAGACGCUCAGAGAAUUUCUUGAUAUUUGGCAUAAGUUGAAUAUGUGGGUCAAAGGUCAGCAGCACCGUGGCAUCAAACUGUCCGGGCCUCUGCGAUCAUCACAGUAACACUGGAACAGAAGGGAACAUUGUCACCACAGGUUACAUUUGCUUGGACAUUAAAUUGGCGACAUUAAUCUCAGUUUCUCACCCUGAAACUAUUGACUUUA